ACAGUAAAGAGUGACCUGUCUGUUUUUAAACGCUUUUUUUUAAGUUUGGCAGAAUUUGUAUCUUUUGUACGUGAAUAUAACGAGCCAUGGAGGACGUGACAGGAGCGCAGCUCAUUGCCGAGUCGUUAAAGGCUCAAAAAGUACAGUACAUGUUUGGGAUUGUUGGUGUUCCUGUCAUUGAGGUGGCCAUGGCUGCACAGGCUGCAGGCAUCAAAUAUGUCGGAAUGCGCAAUGAACAAGCGGCCUGUUAUGCAGCCUCUGCCAUUGGUUACCUAACAGGAAGGCCAGGUGCCUGUCUGGUGGUUUCUGGACCUGGACUAAUUCAUGCCCUAGGUGGAAUGGCCAAUGCUAACAUGAACUGCUGGCCUGUUGUUGUUAUUGGAGGAUCCUCUGAUCGGAACCAGGAAACAGCAGGAGCUUUUCAAGAGUUUCCUCAGGUGGAAGCUUGUCGCCUGUAUAGCAAGUUCUCUGCCAGGCCCAGCAGCCUGGAAGCCAUCCCCUCAGUGAUAGAGAAGGCAGUUCGUACUAGCAUGUAUGGCCGUCCCGGCGCUUGUUAUGUGGACAUUGCAGGUGACAUGGUGAAUGCUAGUGUGAACAGGAACAGAGUCAGAGUUGUGUCCUGUUGUCCACCUGCACCUGUGAGUUUGGCUGCACCUGACGCGAUCACUGAGGCAAUUUCUGUCUUAAAGGCAGCUAAAAGACCUUUGGCUAUCAUUGGCAAAGGGGCGGCUUAUGGACGAGCAGAAGUAGCUCUACGACAGUUUGUGGAAACGAGUGGUUUGCCAUUCCUGCCCACACCGAUGGGGAAAGGAGUGCUGCCUGACGAUCACCCACACUGUGUAGCUGCUGCCCGCUCAAGAGCUCUUCACCAGGCUGAUGUUAUACUUCUGUUUGGAGCCAGACUUAACUGGAUGCUGCAUUUUGGUUUACCACCAAGAUUUGAUCCCAAUGUUAAAGUCAUCCAGGUUGAUCUUUGUCCUGAGGAGAUGGGAAACAAUGUGAGGCCAGCAGUUGCUCUCCUAGGAGACCUCAGUUCUAUUGUCACACAACUCCUGACUUGUGUCCAUAAAGAUGCCUGGAAAUAUCCAUCUGACACGGAGUGGUGGAUCACGUUGAGGGAAAAAAUGACUGCAAAUGCAAAAAUAUCAAAGGCACUUGCUCUGCAGACAACGUUGCCUUUGAACUAUUACACAGUGUUUCAUCACAUCUCCCAGCUGCUGCCACAUGACUGCAUUGUUGUCAGUGAGGGGGCAAAUACCAUGGACAUAGGACGCACCAUGCUGAACAACUACCUACCUCGACACAGACUGGAUGCUGGUACAUUUGGAACAAUGGGCGUAGGCCUUGGAUUUGCAGUAGCUGCGGCUGCUAAGGAGCAAAGUGAGAAAAAAAGUAAAAGGGUCGUCUGUGUGGAGGGAGACAGUGCAUUUGGAUUUUCUGGCAUGGAGGUGGAAACCAUGUGCAGGUACAUGCUCCCUGUGGUCAUUAUCGUGGUUAAUAACAAUGGGAUAUACAGCGGAUUGGAUGCUGGCACAUGGAAAGAAAUGGCUAAAAUGGGAAAUCUUACAUCAAUAGCCCCUCCGGUCAGCCUCCUACCCGAUGCGCGUUAUGAUGAGAUGAUGACAGCGUUUGGUGGCCGAGGCUUCCUGGUGAGGACAGUGGAGGAGCUGCGCAGUGCCUUACAGAUGAGUCUGAAUGACUGGGAGAGGCCCAGUCUCCUCAACGUACUUAUCGACCCGUCCUCUGACAGAAAGCAGCAGGAAUUUCCAUGGCUCACUCGGUCAAACCUAUAAACCCAAGACUGCAGUAGGGUGUUAAAACUGCACCUUGUAUAACCAUCAGCCCAUAAUUAACUUGGGUGUUUUAAAAUACAUUGUAUCAGCUGCAUCUAGCAGUGUGUGUUUUUUUUUCAACAUGUCAUAAAUGUAUGUAUGUGAACUGAUGUGAGCAGCAGUGGUAGGAAGUAAAAGAAUAAGAAACUCACUAUGAAAAAGCUACUGCUCUUUUAGUAGGAAACAUACAGCUUGACUUUCUGUGACUAUAUGCAGAUUCAUACUGCCUAUUUUCACACCCCGGUCUCUGAAACGAUGAUGGACUAUAAGCUAUAUUUGUGUAUUUCUCACACUCACAAUUUGUAA